AAGAGAUUGACUUACUGAACACAACAUUUGUCUUUCUGCCUCCAUCACAAGAACCAGUGCAGCGCUCUAUUCAACAGGAGGAGCCACGCGCCUAAAAGAAGCCACACCAUUUUAGAAAGCUGUCUCUAUCCCUGCCUCUCUCUCCCACUCUUUCCCUCCAUUCUCUCUGUCUCUACCUCCCCGGUAGGAGAAACAGCAACAACAACAGAGGUAGCAGCGUCACAUGCAACAGUGUGCAGACAGCGUCCUUUGUCAUUCCUCAAGAGAAGAGACGAAGGAGUUGAGAAGAUAACAGAAGGGAGAUGACCUGACACCUGUAGCAGGUUGCAGAGCUGUGUGCGCUGAGUAGCUAACUGUCUCAGGCUCUCUCAUAGCUAUUGCAGCCGUAGCUUCUUCUGGGCUUUGGUUGCUCUUUCUCUGGCUUCUACAUGGCUUCUAAGAAGAAACUGGGUGAUAUUCGGAGAGAGGGCAUUCGCAGGGACCGUGCAUGCUCCACGCGGGAGGAGUCGUCAGAGGGGCCAGGACGUCCCACCACCAGGGGGCGUUUCUCUGAGUCCUGGAAAAGGCUUAGCUCCAGGGGGGGCUCCACCAAGAGGGGUGCGCUCAACUCCCAGCAGCCACCGGCACAGAAAUCGUGGAUAGAACGAGCCUUCAGCAAGAGAGAAUGUGUUCAUAUCAUAGUGAGCGCCAAAGACCCCCAUAGGUGCUGCUGCGGCCGUCUGAUUGGUCAGCACGUUGGCCUGCCCCCCGGCAUCUCUUCCAGUCAGAAUGAUAAGGCGGAGCGUCUGGUUAAGAAUGACAGCCUAUCGGAGAAAUGGUCUAUCAGCAAACACACCCAGCUCAGCCCCACCGACGCCUUCGGAACCAUCGAGUUCCAGGGAGGGGGCCACUCUAACAAAGCCAUGUAUGUGCGUGUGUCCUAUGACACCAAACCAGAACUCCUGCUGCACCUUAUGACUAAGGAGUGGCAGCUGGACCUUCCCAAGCUGCUCAUCUCAGUGCAUGGGGGCCUGCAGAACUUUGAGCUGCAGCCCAAACUCAAACAGGUCUUUGGCAAGGGCCUCAUCAAGGCUGCCAUGACAACGGGAGCCUGGAUCUUCACUGGCGGGGUCAACACAGGGGUGAUCCGGCAUGUGGGUGAUGCGCUGAAGGACCAUGCCUCUAAAUCCCGGGGGAAGAUCUGCACUAUCGGCAUUGCCCCCUGGGGCAUUGUGGAGAACCAGGAGGACCUGGUGGGAAAAGACGUGGUCCGACCGUAUCAGACCAUGUCCAACCCACUGAGCAAGCUGACUGUGCUAAACAGCCUGCACUCCCAUUUCAUCCUGGCCGAUAAUGGGACAACAGGGAAGUACGGUGCUGAGGUCAGACUGCGUAGACAGCUAGAGAAACACAUCUCCUUGCAGAAAAUCAACACACGUAUUGGUCAGGGAGUGCCAGUGGUGGCUCUGAUAGUGGAGGGGGGUCCUAAUGUGAUCUCCAUCGUGUUAGAGUACCUAAGGGACACUCCACCUGUGCCCGUGGUGGUGUGUGAUGGGAGCGGGCGUGCUUCGGACAUCCUGGCAUUUGGACACAAGUACUCUGAGGAGGGAGGGAUCAUAAAUGAGUCUCUGAGGGACCAGUUGCUGGUGACCAUCCAGAAGACCUUCACGUACAGCCGGACCCAGGCCCAGCACCUCUUCAUCAUCCUCAUGGAAUGCAUGAAGAAGAAGGAGCUGAUAACGGUUUUUCGGAUGGGGUCUGAGGGACACCAGGACAUUGACCUGGCCAUUCUCACUGCUCUGCUAAAAGGUGCCAACGCAUCGGCUCCUGACCAGCUCAGCCUGGCCCUGGCCUGGAACCGAGUGGACAUUGCCCGCAGCCAGAUCUUCAUCUACGGACAGCAGUGGCCUGUGGGUUCUCUGGAGCAGUCUAUGCUGGAUGCCCUGGUGCUGGACAGAGUGGACUUCGUCAAGCUGCUGAUCGAGAACGGAGUGAGCAUGCAUCGCUUCCUCACCCUCUCCAGACUGGAGGAGCUCUACAACACGAGGCAUGGACCAUCCAACACACUGCACCACCUGGUCAGAGACGUCAAAAAGGGUAACCUGCCACCAGACUACCGCAUUAGUCUCAUUGACAUCGGAUUGGUCUUUGAGUACUUGAUGGGCGGAGCUUACCGAUGCAACUACACCAGGAAGAGGUUUAGAACUCUGUAUCAUAACCUUUUUGGACCCAAAAGACCCAAAGCCCUGAAACUGCUGGGGAUGGAGGAUGACAUGCCGAUCCGGAGGAGUCGCCAGAAGACUACACGUAAGCGGGAGGAGGAGGUGGACAUUGACCUGGACGACCCUGAGAUCAACCACUUCCCCUUCCCCUUCCACGAGCUGCUGGUGUGGGCCGUGCUGAUGAAGAGACAGAAGAUGGCGCUGUUCUUCUGGCAGCACGGGGAGGAGGCCAUGGCCAAAGCCCUGGUAGCCUGUAAACUGUGUAAGGCCAUGGCCCACGAGGCCUCCGAGAACGACAUGGUGGACGACAUCUCACAGGAGCUGAACCACAACUCCAGAGAGUUUGGACAGUUGGCUGUGGAGCUGCUGGACCAGUCAUACAAGCAGGACGAGCAGAUGGCCAUGAAGUUGCUGACCUAUGAGCUGAAGAACUGGAGUAAUGCCACCUGUCUGCAGCUGGCCGUGGCCGCCAAGCACCGUGACUUCAUCGCCCACACCUGCAGCCAGAUGCUGCUCACUGACAUGUGGAUGGGACGCCUGCGCAUGCGCAAGAACUCUGGGCUAAAGGUGAUCUUGGGCCUGCUGCUGCCUCCGUCCAUCCUGAGUCUGGAGUUUAAGAACAAGGAUGAGAUGUCGUACAUGCCUCAAGACCAGGACACCUACCUGCAGGAGAAGGAGGAGGAAGAGCCCGAGCCCGCCAAAGAAAAGGAGGAAGAGGACAUGGAGUUCACAGUAAGAUCCUACUGUGAGACGCAGUACAACACCGUGGCCAUGCUGGGUAAGGUAAGCACGGAGGCGUCUCGUAAGAAGGGUGUGGGGGAGGUCCAGAAUAGACACCGGCUCAUCCCCAUGGGCCGGAAGAUCUACGAGUUCUACAACGCCCCCAUCGUCAAGUUCUGGUUUCACACAAUGGCCUAUGUGGCGUAUCUGAUGCUGUUUAACUAUAUUGUGCUGGUGAAGAUGGACCUGUGGCCCUCACCGCAGGAGUGGAUUGUCAUCGCUUACAUCUUCACCAAUGGCAUCGAGAAGAUGAGAGAGAUUCUGAUGUCGGAGCCAGGGAAGCUGUUGCAGAAGGUGAAGGUGUGGCUCCAGGAGUACUGGAACAUCACGGACCUCAUGGCCAUCCUCAUUUUCUCCGUGGGCAUGGUUCUCCGUCUCCAGGAGCCGCCGUUCAUGAGCUACGGACGGGUCAUCUACUGCGUAAACAUUAUCUAUUGGUACAUCCGGCUGCUCGACAUCUUUGGCGUCAACAAGUACCUGGGCCCAUAUGUCAUGAUGAUCGGCAAGAUGAUGAUUGACAUGAUGUACUUUGUGAUAAUCAUGCUGGUGGUGUUGAUGAGUUUUGGGGUGGCUCGGCAGGCCAUCCUGAACCCCAAUGAGGACCCGUCCUGGAUGCUGGCUCGGAACAUAUUCUUCAUGCCCUACUGGAUGAUCUACGGAGAGGUGUUUGCCGACCAGAUCGACCAUGUGCAUAGUAGGAAGCUAAAGCACAGGCUGAAUUCAAAACUCUGGAUGGUCGAAAAUCAAUUUCGAGCUCAUGGAACCUGGCGUAAUAAUGGUCCAACCAACAUUGCUGUGUUCAAUCAGAAUGCCACUCCGUGUGGCCAGAAUAUCACCGCGGACGACGGGCAUGUUGUGACUCUGCCGCCUUGUAAGACGGGAGCCUGGAUCGUUCCUGCCAUCAUGGCCUGCUACUUGCUGGUGGCCAACAUCCUGCUGGUCAACCUGCUCAUAGCUGUCUUCAACAACACCUUCUUUGAGGUGAAGUCCAUCUCCAACCAGGUGUGGAAGUUCCAGAGAUACCAGCUCAUCAUGACCUUCUACGAGCGGCCCAUCCUCCCCCCUCCCCUCAUCAUCUUCAGUCACAUGACCAUGGUCCUCAAGCACCUGUGCUGUCGCUGGCGGAAGCACGACGAUGACGAGAGAGACUAUGGCCUUAAGCUCUUCAUCACUGAAGACGAACUGAAGAAAGUGCAUGACUUUGAGGAGCAGUGCAUUGAGGAGUACUUCCGUGAGAAAGAUGACCGCUUCAACUCCUCGAAUGACGAGAGGAUCCGAGUGACGUCAGAGAGGGUGGAGAACAUGGCUAUGCGUCUGGAGGAGGUGAAUGAGAGAGAACAUUUCAUGAAGGCAUCUCUACAGACCGUGGACAUCCGUCUGGCCCAGAUGGAGGAGCUGAUUGGUCGGAUUGCUGUGGCUCUGGAGCGAGUCACGGGAGUGGAGCGGGGCGAGGUCAACAAGGCCCGCUCUCGCACCUCCUCCGACUGCACAGACUCGGCCUACGUGCUGCGUCAGGGUGAGUGCCCAGAUGCAGCAUACUUUUUGCGCCAGAGCAGCUUCAACAGCCAAGAGGGGAACUCCUACCGGCUCAAUGAGGGUGCAGAGGGCUCCAUGUCGCCGCCCUCCCCCACCAGUCUGGCCAUGCGCACACGCAGCCACUCUUUCUACGUGGGCGGAGGUCGCGAGCGAGCCGGGGCCGACCGGACUCACCGUCUCCUCAAGGAGCGCUCCUUCAGCCUGCAACGAGCCAAUAGUUCACAGUCGGUGGCCUUGUGCACUGCCCCCAAGGAGUCUAAGCCCCUCCCACUGGCCACGCUGUCCGUCUCCCAGCAGCACCGCCCCUCUUCCUGCGUCGACAUCUUUGUGUCGGCAUCCGAGGAGGAGGGGCCAGGCAAGGUCUUCUUCGACCCACUGAGGAUGGCCCCUCUCCUCCGGCCUGACUCCUCGCUCCACUCUGAGAUUAUGGAGGCGGUGCUGUCGAGCGGGAGGGACUAUGGUGGAGGCAGCGGGUUGGGCGACAGACACUCUGAGGGUGGGGCCGUGUUCGAGGACAGCGUGGCUGCAGACCUGUCACUAUGCUCCGCCAACCUGCUCCCAGAUAACACUGUGCCACUCUGGGAACUGGACCCCUCUCCUCCACCAUCAGCGGGCUUGCUGGAGCGCUCCAAAAGCAGCCGCUACCUGUCCACUGGCGGUGAGGGCUACCUGGAAGAGCCUCAGCUGGUCAAGUCUCACAGCCUCAUGUUCACACCGCGAGGCUGCUAUGGAGGCCUAGGGGCAGGAGUUCAGGUCAAAGCGGCUGAGUACACCAGCAUCACCGACUGCAUAGACACCAGAUGUGUCUCUGCCCCUUACUCCACCGACGACUGUUGCCACUCCCCCGGAGGCUCCACCUCAUUCCCCUUUGACAAGCCCCCUGACAUGAGCUCCUCCCACCCAGAGCGUGAGGCCGAGCUCAGCCACACAGAGUCAGAACCUGAAGACCUAGAGGAAAUGGCCCCUGCCCCCGAGCCCCAUCGCACGGGGGGUGGCUUAGGAGGGGCGAGUGGGACCCCCUUCUGCUCGCCCUUCUCCAGGCUGGAACGAGCCAACAGCUGCUCCUCAGACGACUCCUCCCACCCAUCCUUGGCCCCUCCUCCCCACAGAAAAAGCCUGUCGGUCAGUGAGAGGAUGGAGAGGGGUGCAGACCGUGGGGUUCUGGGGGAACCCAGGAACCCCUUCCUGAGGAGCAAGUCUGGGGCGCGGCCUGACGCCAAGACAGACAGCCUCUCCAUGAGGAAGCUGACCACUCCCUCUGCGUUCCGCAGCUUCAACAGCAGACACAACUACACGUGACAAUUAUGAAGGGAACAAGAAUGGGACAGGGCACAUUCUGUUACACCGGACCAUAGGGCAGGCUGGGGGCGAGAGCAAGGUCCAUGGGGAGGGAACCUAUCAGUCUUAAACAAAGUGCUAUGAAGGGUAGUUCUUACCUCCUCCUCAAGCUGACUCUCAUUGCGUGUUUGGUCAUGGAGGCUAUGUACCGUGUCUGUCUACCAUUUUUUUUCAAGUCAACACACUAUUGCAUCACAUGUCACAGAACACUAGUCUAGUCCACAUAGAAAGUAUAGAAAAAAAAUGUCUACUAAUAACAGGUUAGUCAGAGUCUUUAGAAAAUGAUCAACUCGGCCACCCAACAAUAUAUGACUGUAGGUCAGUAUUGACAAAUUUCCUCAGGUUCUCCUUAUUUUCUCUUUGCCCUUAAACUGCCCAUACCCAUGGAUAUGACUCUUCGCUUUUGUGCUUCCACCACUGACAUAGCACUGCAUGCUACUGUAACUGCAUGCUACAACAGUAGCAGCAGUAGUAACCUAGUCCCCAGGGUAAUUGUACGUAUCGCAUGUAAGCCUGAAACGUCAACAACUCAAAUCUGCCCUAUCUGGUAUUGAAAAAUAGUCGUGGCUCCGAAUAAAAUGAACUUUUGGAGAGCUGAGGUGUUCGGAGGGAGGUGAUUGAUUAGAAAUAAAGCCAAUGGCUAUGGGUCAGGACUUUUUCCUGAUCUUUCUAUUGGGUUAAUGAAGGCCAUGUUUGAAGCUUUGGUCCACCAGACCAUCUGAACAUUAGGGGGAAGGGUCAGGUGAACUAGAUUACAGCAGUAGUGACUGUAGUAGAACACACAUAGAGACCAGUCAAUUGUUUUUUGUUUUUUUAAAUUGAACCUUUAUUUAACUAGGCAAGUCAGUUAAGAAUAAAUUCGUAAUUACAAUGACAGCCUACCGGGCAACAGUGGGUUAACUGCCCUGUACAGGGGCAGAACGACAGAUUUUUACCUUGUCAGCUCGGGGAUUCAAUCCAGCAAACUUUCGGUUACUGGCCCAACGCUCUAACCACUAGGCUACCUGCCACCCCAAACUGGUGAUGCAGGUUGAAUUUCUGGAUAUAAUAGGGCUCUAUUAUGUAUAAGGCAUGUCCCUGAUUUAAAAUCCAUGCACACUGACAGUCAGGUAGCAUUGACCCAACAGAGUUCCAGGGCACUAAAAUAUAUUACCUACAUGACCUCAGUAAGAAGGAAGAUGGAAUAUUUAGUUAAAUAUAGACUCAUCGUAAGUGUCUAUCUAUUUACUUGCGUUGUCCAAUCCCCAGUCAUGUGGGUUUAUUGUCACUGUGGCCUACAGUGUAGAGGAGUAAACACGCACACACAUAAUCAUACAUGCACUCAAGGUGUAUGGAAUGGGUGAAGGAAAGCCAAAACAAUUCCUCUGAUGUAACAGAUAGUUUGAUAGCACCAGCAUCAUCCCAAUGUUAUAAGUAUUUCCCUUAGAUCGCCUUUUCUCAGUAAAAACUCAGAACUGGACACAAGAGAGAGGUGUGACCCUAUUUGGAGAGUCCUUCAUCCUAAGCAGUAUGCCCACUAUGAAAUUGCAACACUUCAAAAUCAAAACGAUUAAAGUAGCCUUUUUAGCAACCAAACAUCAAACAUGACUGGUAAUAGUACCCAUUCCUUUCAUUUCUGUGGCAGCAGCAUUCUUUUGCUUGGGUCUGACACCAGUCUCAAGUAGCCAGACAUUUUAAUCUCCUGUUCGGUAUGAAUAGUGAGCUUCAAGAUGAGAAGGCUGGAAAGCUAGACGGACACUGGCCUAUGAACUGUCAUUGGAUCCGUCCUUCUUACUUUUUUUGCAGUCAUUCAUGAUUUCCUCUAUUCAAAUUGAAGCACCAGACUGACCCAUGUAAUCACCUAGAAGGGUAAACUUAAACCGGCAGAAAAUUGUCUGCAAAAUUUGUAGGACUACAGAAUACUGUAUGUAUGAGUAGGCUAGAAGAGAAAGGUUAGAUAACUGAAUUCCACAAGAUGGAGUUAUUUGAAACAUUUGCAAAAGAGUCAGCUCUAUGAAUCGUAUGCAUUUUAUGAGAGGUAGAGACACCUUUCAAGUUAAUAUAAAAAAGCAGUGGCAGAGCACCAGUGUUUUUUAAAUCCCUUAAUUUAUUACAACGCAUAAUAUCUGACUGGUAUGAAAUACCUGUUACAACAUGUUUGUAAUGAUGGAACUAGAUGAGUAUCAUUUACAUCACAGGUUCUCAAAAAAUAAGAUAUGUUUGUGUUUUAUAUUUGAUCAAUAUUACAUCACUUUAAUUUAAUUACAUUUUGCAAUUGUUUUGAUUGCUUAUAUUGACCUAUUUUCUUUGCUUACAAUGAAUAAUUGAAUGGCUGUUUGAAAUACGAACUGACUAUUUAUACCUUCUCAGUGCUAUUUUGUCAAAUUUAAAGUAUUGAAUUAUUACAAGCUUUUAACAUGUAUAAAAGGUGUCACCUAUAAGCACUGAUGUAUUAUACGGUUUACUUAAUAUAUCAUGUGAUUAAUUACUAUAUUGUACAUCGCAAUCACAAUUCAAGUGUUGAAUCAUUUGUUUAUAUUGUAUGUUCUUGAGCAGCUGUCAAAGAGAAAGAAAAAUAUAUUUUUGAAUGUAAGUUGGAUAUUUCAAAGCAAUACUCCGCUACAAGCAUUACCAAACUGAGGGUGCCUUUCAAGCAUGGAGUGGCUAUUUGAAAUUCACAGUAAUUAAAACAUCUACAUGAAAUGUGCACAUUCAUUUUGUUUGUAACUUUUCUCACGAAUCUAGUUACACUAUUAGGACCCAUGGUAUUAUUUUCCUGAAUUUAUUAACUGUGGGGAUAAUGCAGUUCAAGUGGUUACAGCGUUUUGUCGUACACUGGAGAACAAUAUUGAUUUCAUGGCUAAGAACAUGUGCAAGACCUAGGAGAUAGACCUAGGAGAUAGACCUAGGAGAUAGACCUAGGAGAUAGACCUAGGAGAUAGACCUAGGAGAUAGACCUAGGAGGUGGCACUGGCACUCUAUGCCUUUUGAUAGUUUUUUUUUUUGAGAGGGUGGGGGGACUGGCUGCUCUCUGUGUAUCUUCACUCUUGGUCUGAAUAUUUAAUUUGCCUUAUCAAUGUCCAAUACUAUUGAAUGGGUAUUUUCACACGUUUUCCUAAACUGCUUCUUUGUUUUGUAAGGAUGUAGAUGCGCAAGUGACACUCAGCAGAUGGAGGAAAUGUGUUGUAAAAUAAGGAAUAUUCCAAUCUCUCUUGAGCAGACAGGCCUCCGCUAAUCACUGUGCGUAUGCAUUCAACCCAAAUUCUCAUGGGACCUUAGAUCUCUAUUUUUUUUGUGUAAGGAAAUGUAAAAUGACCUCUCUCUUCAGUUGUGUUCCAUGAAACCCAACCCUCCCGCCCCUUUUGUGGACACAGGAGUCAAAGUUAAAACCAACUAAAACCAACAAUGAGCUUUAAUACAAUCACAAAGUGUGAAGAAUAGGCCAUUGAGCUUGGGCUUUUGUUCAAAACUAGUGUAAGAAUAUCCAACAACUUUCAGGUGCAGGGUGCAUAUAGACAUGAAAAAAAACCUGCACAAUGUUGGAUUCUCAUGUUGUUAGUUGUUGGUGCGGUUUUAUCUCACAAUACACGGGAUAGUUCACUUUUACAAAAUGUUUUGUAAAUAAAUAAGCUAAAGUUUAAAAAAGUGAACAAACUGUUUAAAAGAUGUCUGAACACCAUUGAACACACUUGUUGAAGGAAGAUUGCAUUGCAAAAGAAGAGUGAUAUGGUGAAGGUUUGCUUCCCCUUUGGCUUUUUGUCCAGGCACUGGUUUGGAUCCUGGGUCCUUUAAUUAACCUAAGUGAAUGGGCUCCUAGCACUCAACGGGACAAAAUAAGUAUUUUUGUUUUCCUUAUGGAAAGGAGCAUGCAAGGACAAACAUGUCCGUAGCACUUCUAAAUCAUGUGUAAAUGCUCUGUAAAUGUUUGCUCUGUUGUACAAUACACUAAUAUAUAAAAUAAAAGGGAGAUCUAUGUACUGUACCAGUCAAACGUUUGGACACACCUACUCAUCCAAGGUUUUUUUGUACAUUUUUACUAUUUUCUACAUUGUAGAAUAAUAGUGAAGACAUCAAAACUAUGAAAUAACACAUAUGGAAAUAAAAAAGUGUUAAACAAAUCAAAAUAUAUUUUAGAUUAUAGAUUCUUCAAGUAGCCAACCUUUGCCUUGAUGACAGCUUUGCACACUCUUGGCAUUCUCUCAACCAGCUUCACCUGGAAUGCCAUUCCAACAGUCUUGAAGGAGUUCCAACAUAUGCUGAGCAUUUGUUGGCUGCCUUUCCUUCACUCUGCAGUCCAACUCAUCUCAAACCAUCUCAAUUGGUUUAGGUCGGGUGAUUGAGCUGUUGUUGCCAAAACAUGGACUUAGUCCUUUCCCAAAUACAGUUAUCUUCUGUAUACCAACCCUACCUUGCCACAACACAACUGAUUGGCACAAACGCAUUAAGGAAAGAAAUUCCACAAAUUAACUUUUAACAUGGCACACCUGUUAAUUGAAAUGCAUUAAGGGUGAUUACCUCAUGAAGCUUGUUGAGAGAAUGCCAAUAGUGUGCGUAGCUUUCAUCAAGUGAAAUAGUGGCUACUUUGAAGAAUCCAAAGUAUAAAAUAUAUUUAGAUUUGUUUAACACUUUUUUGGUAACUACUGUACAUGAUUCCAUAUGUGACCUGGAAUGAGUAGGUAUGUCCAAACGUUUGACUGGCACUGUAUGUCUGAGGACACAGAUAUGACAGUAGCCUAAUACCGAGAAUUUUGCCAAUGCGAUCCAACAAAAACUAAUGUACAGUAUUUUCUCAAUAUUUUCCUAUACUGUAUCAUACAGUUUUGUGAAUUAUAGAUUAUGGUUAUAAUUCAAAGAUGUUUUCGUUUUCCCUCAGUCUGUUGGAGAGUAGGCUACUCGUAUGCUAAAGAGGCGUCCAAACACAUUUCUGCAAUAAUACUGAUAUUGUAGUUUUACUUGAGGGAACUUAUCUUCCGGCAGUCUCACUUUAUUUAGUGUCCUUUAAUGCAUGCAGUUCUUCCACUGAUUAUGUACAGAAGUACAUUGUGAAAUUGAUAUGAGAGAGAGAGAGAUUUUAAAUGACCUCACGGUAGUGAGUAUUUGGAUGCAAAUGCAAAUCUGUAUUCUUCAAUAUGAAUAGGAUCAUGUCUGGCAUGCAUGAUUAAAUAAAGAAAUGAAUACAUAA